AUGAAGCUGCCUGCAGUAUGCUCGCUUGUGGGUGCUUUCGUGAUGCCAUGGGUCGCCAGAAGCUGCAGCGUUUCAGGCGACUGGCAGGAGACCUCUCCAGCAGAGCAGUGGGGGGCGGCUUCUUACGUAAUCUCCGGGGUUUCCGAUGGGCUGAGUGGUUGUGGCAUUCUUUCUGCUGAUCAGCAAUACAGACCAGAAGAUGCAGCCCUCUUCAAUGCAUCGGGACCUUGUGUGCCGACAGAAGCGGGGUACCUUGUCCUUGUCCGCAAUUUGACCUUCACGAAGGGUUCGAUCUCGAACUGCAGCGAGAUUGUGGUGGGCGGCUUCAGCGGGAGAAGCGCCUGCGGCGUGGACCCACCAAGUGUCAACUCGACGGGGACCUUCUUCCUUUGCAACGUAGUUGUUGAGGGGGGAGUUUGCAGAGGCAUGCUGAACCAAGAAGGCAACAUCCACCUCGGAUUCGUUUCAGAGGCUGUUCCGGUGCCGGCUAGCACUCUCUGCCCGCAGGACGGAACCUGCUAUGACGUGACGCGGUGCUCCGCCGGGUCACUCUCGAACAGCCAUUGGAUCACAAUGAUACCGAGCCUCUUGGGCGUUCUGCUCAUGCACGACCAGCUGCCGGAAGCGAAGACAUGGAGAGAGUUGCGCAGAGAUCCGCGCUUCGACCACAGCCCGGGCAGCAAAUGGCGGACCCAGCUUUUGCCUCAGGAGGAGUCCCAGGAUCCCAAGCGCAUUCAGAUCAGCUUGGUCAAGAGCCAGUCCAUCCAGAGACUCUUGUACCUCCUGGAUGCAGGAGACAUGGAGAGGUGGACUCCGGUGAACUUAGCCACCGCCUGGCAUCGGCUCGCGAAGUUCUCGCGGAACGAGGCUCGCAAGGAGCAGCCCGAGGAGCGGGAAAUGCACGCCUGGCCGAAGCUUUACAAGAAGUGGAAGGGGAAGCCUCCGAUGUCCUUCGAGGGCUGGCGGCUAUCCAGGACUGAGUUGCGGGAUGUGUUCAACAAGUAUGAGCAGGCCAUUGAGAAAGAUGCGUACAACCUGCUGCAGCCCAGCAAGCUUGAGCGGAAACUCCUUGGCGAGGACAUCAUCGAUCGAAGAGUCAAACUUAUCCGCAAGGCCCGCGACGUAAACCGGGACUUUGUGGAUGAGGUGAUUGAGGACCUGCCCGACAUCAUGGCUGGUCCGGAUGCUGGCAUACCUCCGGCACGGCCCGUCGCAGAGGUUCGCAAGCUCCCGGAUGGAGUCGAUACCCUCCCAGGAACUGCCUACGGUAUGGGACUCGGAUUACGC